ACACAUGAACAUCCAGCAAUCACAUAGGCCAUACAAAAAUUAAAUCAGUUUCCUUCAUUCUUUUAGACACAUCAACAUUAAUUAAAGGAAAGGCAUAUUGUUUAAAUAUACUGCCCCCACAAGCAGUUUUAUAUACUCACAAGCUUUAUCUGUUCUUUGUGUAACUGUUUUACCAAUGCUUGACACUGGGAAUAGUGGAAGACAUAGUGAUGGUGAUACAUUUUCACUGGCUUUGGAAAAAUGUUUAUACAAAACAAACUGAAUAUACCCCACCAGAGACUAUACCAGGAACUAAUAUUGAACUUUCAUUUUGCCUUAUUGGUGAUGCAGCAUUUCCAUUAAAAUCCAAUUUACUUUGACCAUAUCCUGGGAGCUCCUUACCAGAAGUAAAAAAUAUUCAAUUAUAGACUAAGAGCAAGAAGAAUAACUGAAAACACAGUUGGUACUUUGGUUACACGUUGGCGGAUUUUCGGAAAAAUGUUUAUAACACAUUUUACAUUUCCAAUUAGAGUUGAGCCUUUCGGUAAAAAGUUAUCUCCGGGGCACAGAGACGUCUAAACCAUGCUUGCCUGCUUAACAUUUAUAAGGAGCACUGCGACAUUCUGGACAAAUCUAACAUUAUUAAAGAGUGGAUCUCCCGCACAGCUACAAGGAAAAACACAUUUUACAUUUCCAACUAGAGUUGCGAGCCUUUCGUACUUGUUUGUUUAGUUUCGUUAACUUCGUUAAUAGAUACAAAUUUCAAAAGCAGCCCCAAUAUGGUGCCUGCUGGCUAGUUAUGUAAUCGUAUUUAUGUUUUACGUGCGUUUACAAUAUAGUUUCGUUAACUUCGUUAAUGGAUACAAAUUUCAAAAGCAGCCCCAAUAUAGUGCCUGCUGGCUAGUUAUGUAAUCGUAUUAUGUUUUACGUGCGUAUGUUUUACGUGCGUUUAAUUAAAAAUGCCAAGCUGUGUAGCUAGGCUGUUACAACAACAGCACAAAAAAAAGCGCUUGUUUCGCUUUUCCAACACCGAUCCAUUGCGAAGAAAUAAGUGGAUCGUUGCUUGUAAGAGGAAGGCAAAAGAUGGAUCUGACUGGAAUCCAACAAGCAAACACACCUAUAUUUGCGAGGAUCACUUUAUUACAGGACAACCCUCAUUGGAAGAGUGCCAUCCAGAUUUUGUGCCUUCUGUAUUUAAUUUCAGGCAAAUGUCUGAAAUUGAAAAGAAAACUAAGCUGGAUAGGUAUCAAAGAAUGAGCUCCAGAACCACUGAUAUAACGACGACUACAAAAUCUGAAACCAGCAUUCCAGCAGUUGAUCAACCUAAAACUAACGAUAACGAUGUAGAUCUGGAAAAUGAUAAAGAAGUUGAAGCAGUUCAAUUGAAUCGUCUGUUGCUCGAUGAAGUUGGUAGUCUCAGAUCAGAAACAAAGAAAUUAAAACAAGAAAUACAAAAUCUCCGAAGCAAGCAGUUUUCAUAUGAAAUGUUUCGGAAUGAUGCAGACAAAUUUAAGUUUUAUACCGGGAUCACCUGUGAUGUUUUUGACUACAUCUUUAAUUUCAUUUCAUGUAAUCAUGUAAUUUGGGGCUAUGUAAAUCUCCUGUCGCAAUGAAGGAUCAGUUGAUGCUGACAAUGAUGAAGCUUAGAUUAAACAUACCCUUUGAUUGUCUGGCAAAUUGGCUUUUUUAAUACAUUGGCCAGAUACAGAUGCUUCUAGAAAGACCAUCCCUCGUGUAUUUCACCAAUAUUUUCCACGACUAACGGGAAUAAUGGAUUGUUUUGAAAUUUUUAUUUAAGUAUUCGUAAAUUUCCGGGUAUUCCAAUGAUGGCCAAAUACUCGGAUCAUUGGACCAUGAAUCUGCCGGCAUCCACACAACUGAAGCUUGGCUUCGUACCUUAUAAGGCUGCUAGAGUCUAACUUUAACUUAUAAGCCAUUUUCUGCGUUCUAUACCUGUAAGCAUGUAGUAACAUCUGUAUAACUAAACUACCUGUAUUUAGUAUUGUAUGUAUAGUUGUAUACGAACAAUUUUUGCAAAAACAUUCUUUAUUGUCACAUGAUCUAUCAAAGGUUUGAAGUCGCGAACAAGUUGCUAAUAAACUUAAAUUAUUUACAGUUAUAUGGCUUAACAUAUUUGUUGUGGGUAUUUAAACAGUCCAACUUGGCAUUUGAAUGCAGUGUAUGAGGGUAUAAUCCCCUGCAGAAAUCUUUGCACCUCUCAUCGUACAUCACAUCAUUUGUUGGUUGUGCAGUUCUGCUCGGACUUCCUCAUUUGUAGCUUUAAAUUUGUUCUACUCUAUA